AUCUACCCCCGCGCGAGGCCGGGCCCCUCAGUUUGCGCACGCGCGGCCGGGCAGCGCGGCCUUCCGCGGUGUGUGUGGCGGCCUCGUGCGCUGCCGGACAUGGCGAAGAGCCUGAGGAGCAAAUGGAGGAGGAAGAUGCGGGCGGAGAAGAGGAAGAAGAACGCGCCCAAAGAGCUGGAGAGGCUGAAGAAGAUCCUGGGAACCAAAGCGGAUGUCAUCAUGGAGGAGGUGAAAGAGGUGGCGACCGUGCUGCCCCCCGAGAAAGUCCUGGAGCAGAGAGAUGACUGCAAAAUGGAGCUGGAUAAUAAACGAAACAAAAAAACUCUCCUAGACCAGCAUGGACAGUACCCAAUAUGGAUGAAUUCCAGGCAAAGAAAGAAGCUUAAGGCUCAGCGUGUUAAAGGGAAAAAAAAAUCAAAAUUGGCCAAAGGCCUCGUCUGGUAAAAUCAGUUUUGUAAGAUCAUGAAUAUUUUAUUUAACAAAAUAAAUUUCCCAUAUAAUCUCAUGAGAUUUUGUGCUUGGUCACUGAGUAUAAUUUACUGUGUCGGAUGAAUUUUUGAAGAGACUAUUUAGCCAGCAAAUGGUGAAAGAAAUAGCAGCUUGGUGUCUGUCUGCCAAACUUAAAAAGCAAGCUGAGUGCCUUUGAAUAGA